UGUUCCUAAUAAAGUGGGCGGUGGUCUUAAAGGCAGUCAUGUCUCUCCUCCACUGAUAGAUGGCGCGCCUUAGCGGUUUUCCGGUGCAGUUGUCUCGCGCCAAACUUCUCUCUGUGUUGUGCACAAGAAUGGCGACGCGUGCUAAAGCAGGUCGUGUGGCAAAGCGUAAGGCAGCGGCGCUUGCAGAAGCAGAGCCUGUGGCAAAGCAGGAUAAGGGGCACAAGGAUGAACAGGAGGAAGAUGAAGGACAGAGAGUCGUCAUUGAACACUGUAAAAGCUGACGUGUAUAUGGGCGAAAUGCCGAUGCGGUGCGUGAGGCUCUCCUUGCUGCACAUCCUGAGCUGCGUGUUCUGCUCAACCCCCAGAAGCCUCGACGCAACAGCUUUGAGGUCACUCUGAUGGAGGGGAGCAAAGAGGUGUUGUUGUGGACGGGUAUCAAGAAAGGUCCUCCCCGUAAACUGAAGUUUCCAGAGCCUGCUGAGGUUGUAACCGCCCUGGACAAUGCCCUGAAGAGCAAGUAGAAAUUGCGAGGAAAGUUAAUCGUCUUGGGUUUCUUGGAUGCAUAAUGAUGAGGAUGGAUCAAACGGUUGACUCCCAGUCUGUUCUCUGAUGACUCGGCAUCCUGACCUAGAUUGUUGCUUCCUCCUUCUGCAUGAUCUUCUGCUUUCACAAACUGACCUCUGUGACCUUCUGUCUUUUAACUGCGGUUAUAUUAGUGCACAAAUUUGUGUAGACGUUUGCUCGGUUAGGUCUUGAGAAAUGUUUGGUACACUACAUAGCCAAAAGUAUGUGAACAAAAGACCGUUACAUUACAACACUUUGCAGACGCCCUUAUCCAGAGAGACUUUUAUACAACUGAGCAGUUAAGGUUAAGGGUCUUCCUCACAGGCCCAGCAGUGGCUGCUUGAUGACCAUUAAACCGCUAUGUGCUGCUUGUUUCAGAUUUGGUCUCUUCCAUUUGGUCAGUUUUUUUUUUUUUUCUUUCUUUCUAUGUGGCUUUGGGGAUAUUCCAGCUGGCCACAAGCAUUACUGAUGUCCUCAAUACUGAUGUCAGGAGAGGAGGCUUGGGGAGCUGUUGGUAUUUUAGUUCAUCAAAAGUGUUUAGUUGGGUUGCCUUCGGGGACUUGUUCAGGAUACCUAAAAUCUUAUCCAUCCUUUUUACAAUACCAUGUAAAUUAUAACUGUUCAUCAUACAAAGACGUCCUUCAAACUUUCUGGGAACAUUUUGAGGAAAGGCCACAUAUGGAUGUAACGGUCAGGUGUCCACAUACUUUUGGCCAUACAGUGUACGUUUGUUGUAUUGAAAUCUGUUAUGGACAUAGUUUUGAAUUCGUCUUUGUGUAUAAAAGAAUAAAGUUUCUAUCCAUUUUUUUUUAUUAUUA